GCUUGUGGUGCUUUUUGACCUCUUCCCCCGUGCCAUUCCAGUCUUCCGUUCUCCCACCAUGGCUACCCCGAGGCUGCCUUUUCUCUAUCCGAACCUGAUGCGAGCGGUGAGGUCAUGCGAACCUACGACUUACCGCUCCAUUCGUGCUCCAUACUCCCGCAACCAGCAAGCCCCCUUUCACACCGGUCAAAGAUACGCCCCGGAAACCUACCAUCGACGAUACGGACCUGCGGCAGAAGCCAACCUACCUCCGCCCUCCAAGCCGAAAGAUGGGUCCUCCGAGAAACAGGCCCCCGAAUCCCCUUCAGAACAGGAGACCAAUGUGUCCAACGCUGCCCCGCAAGAACAGUCAUCGCCCAAGGAGGACAAGGCCAAAUCUACAGAAGCCACCUCUCCCCAUUCCAAGGACAAGGCCGCACAAUCAGCCCAGUCAAGCGAAAGCAGUGUGAACACAGAGAAGGCAGAGCUGGACACCAGGUCCAAGCCCAAGACAGACACCGAGCCCACGACCUCCGACCUCCAAGACACCGCGGCCUCUACCAAAGAGGCAGUUCCGAUACCCUCCACCAACAACCAUAACAACGAGCAUCCUCCAUCUUCCUCCGAAGAAUCUCAAUUCAACCCUCACAUCUUCAAGCAGAACCCACUUGAAGGCGUCCUCCACAUGCCAUCCCCGUCAUCCUACCUGACAACGGGAGGGGGCACAGACCCCACGAGCAACCCCCCGAACCUAUCCCCGGCCCCCUACGUGCACUACUUUGACACCUACUCGCUUGUGCGGGACCUCUCGAAAAGCGGCUUCUCCGACGAGCAAUCCAUCACGAUCAUGAAGGCCGUCCGCAGCAUCCUCCAGAGCAACCUGGAUCUCGCCCGGCAGAGCCUUACAUCCAAGUCGGACGUCGAGAACGAAUCCUACCUCUUUCGGGCGGCGUGCUCGGAGCUGCAGUCCUCACUGCAGAUGGCUCGGACCUCCGAGAUGCAACGGCAGCGCGCGUCCCGGACCCAGUUGCAGCAUGAAGCGGACAUCCUUUCCCAGCGACUGAACCAAGAGCUGGCUGGUCUGAAGGACGAUAUCAAGGGCAUGUUCAACGAUCACAAGAUGUCGACUCGCGAGCAGCAGCGCAACAUAGAUACCUCGGUGCAGGAGCUCAACUAUAAGAUCACCGUGUCGUUGAAUAGUGAUGGCAAAAGCGAGAUUGAGGGUCUAAGGUGGAUCUUAACAAGAAGAGCAGCGAUGGCCAUUGCCAUCAGUGCUUUCAUGAUCAUUCUCUUCCUCAAGUACUACUCCAUUCGCAAGGGGGAGGACAAGGGCAAGAAAAAUGCUGAGAAGCCUGCCAACAAAGCCAAGGAAAGCCGGGUCAUCACCCCGGAUCCUAUCCGUCCACCGAAGUCGACACCUCCUCCGACUAUGAUCCAUCUCGGCGAAUCUCUGGGUUAGAGUGGAUAGCACAAGCUGCUGGAAUUGAGUCACCAACGAUCCCCUUGUCUCUCGUAUCAUGCCCUAUCUCCCUUAUAUAACCAUCUCUUCCCGAUUCAUAGACUUUUACCGCGGGUUAGAGGGCACAGUUGACUGUUCCCAUCUUCAUAGAUUUUUUCUCUGUU